UUUUAGAUAAUGCCUCCACCACCUCCACCACCGCCGCCUCCACCUCCGCCGCCACCUCCGGCUGCAUCGGCUCCGCCACCAUCCAGCAAUGCUCGAAAUGCUCUUCUUGGCGAUAUUCAUAAAGGUUUAAAACUGAAAAAGACAGUCACGAAUGAUCGAUCAGCGCCAUCUGUUGGAAAAGUCGUUGGAAGUAGCGGAUCUUCAUCGAAUGGAAAUUCUGGAAACGGAAAUGGUCCGGCUGCUAAACCUCCACAAAUGUCUGGCGGAUUAGGAGGUCUUUUUGCGAAUGGAAUGCCAAUGAAACCAAGCGAGAAUAAAAUUAGACGAGCAACUACUAGUAUAGGACCCCCUCCAACCGCCUCAUCAGCUCCACCAGUACCUCCUCCUGCUCCAGUUCCAGCUGUUGAAGGAAAAAAGCCAUCGAUUGUCUCAUCAUCUUCAUUUUCUCAUCAUGGUGCCACAUCUUCGGCUCCUCCUCCUCCGCCUCCACCACCGCCAGUUUCAGUUCCAAGCUCAAAACCGACUCCACCUCCACCGCCACCAGCUCAGCAGAAACCAUCGUUUCAGAGUGAUCGUGAACAGUUCCGAACGAUGAGACCUCUACGACCAGCAAAUGAUGUGAAACCGACAAUGUAUCGACGAAGUGGAAGUUCAGAGGAUAUACCGCAAGCGACGUCGGCAACCAGACUGGCACGUCCAUUAGCUCCUCCGCCAGCUCGCCCAGCUGCACCACCACCGCCAGUACCAACGCCGUCCAUAGCACAAAUGUCCAGCAGAUUCCAGUCGCCAGCGAUAUCACGGACUCUUGAUGAUGCUCCCCCACCACCUCCACGAAUCGCUUCAAAAACAUCAGUUGCUCCAACAUCAUCUCGGGCUCCACUUCCCCCGUCUUCUUCAUUUGCACCUUCAAUUUCAGCAUCUCCAGCACCUGCCCCACCUCCACCUCCACCGCAGGCUGCUUCACCGUAUCCUGGAAUGAAAUCAACUGCGACUGUCUCAGCGAACGUUCCAUUUCAUCCACUUAACAGGUUCCACUUUCUACCGCUUUCUCAACUGCCACCACCACCUAAAGUUUCGUCUGGAAGUAUUCGUGCCUGAUUUGGUGCUGCCAAAAUGCCUUAAACUAUUUUUCUCAUUCUCACAAUGCUCAUGACGUUUCUUUCCAUCAAAAUGUUUGUAAAACUAUUGAAAAUAGUCCGUCAAUCCCCCAAACCCGUUAAAUAUAAAAUUCCCACUGUGAUUUGAUGCCCCCAUUUUCACUUUCCCCUCUUUCAUUUAUAUCCAACGCAUUUCUAAAUGUGUACCACUCCCGAUUCUAUUAUUUUCUCUUCGAAUAACAUAACCUGUUUCUAGUCCCAUUUUUUCCUGGGUUUCUUCAUGGUUUCUCAAUAAAUCUGUGAAAAUUGUCAU